AUGGGCUGUGUCCAAUGUAAGGAUAAGGAAGCAGCAAAACUCACUGAUGACCGGGAGACCAGCCUCUCACACAACUCGGGGUACCGCUAUGGGUCCGACCCCACACCUCAACACUACCCCAGCUUCGGGGUCACCACCAUCCCUAACUACAAUAACUUCCACAGCGCCGCCACACAGGGGGUGGCGGUGUUCGGAGGAGUCCACACAUCCUCGCAGUCUGGGACUCUACGGUCUCGGGGUGGAACAGGUGAGGCAGAGGAAGCCCUUGAAAAUAUGUACCGUAUUUUUUGGGUGAUAAGGCGCACCGGAUUGUAAUACACAUUAAGCAUUGAUUGGUCUAGUGUUGCUAGCGCGUCUUCGCACUUCUAGUUUACACAUUAUAGUCAGGCAGUCUUGUAGACUGCUCAGGGGUCCUGCUAUGGGGCCGAUCAGGUAGUGACACAGCAUGCCAUAGGCGAUAUUUUUUUGUGGGAUGGUAGGGGAAAGUCCUGCCUCCUUCGUCUCUGAUUGGCUAGAAAACUGGAAAUGUCAUCACACGCUUAAGACAAACGCGGCCUGUCGGCUCUGUACAUCGGACAGAACAUAACAGAACAUUAUCACACUUUUGAAUCUUUUACCCUAAUCCUCAUCCUAAUCCAUAACAUAACCCUAACCUUAACCCGACAUACAAUGACGUUUCACAGCCAUUAUGAAGAACCAAUCAGAGCCCAGCACUUCUAGCCAAUCAGAGGCGAAGGAGGGUGGGGCCUUCCCCUACCUUCCCCUACCUUAAAGCUCCGUACUUACACAGUUCAACAGAUUUUGGAACGCAUUGUACCACAUAAAAUCAUGCAUAACAAGUAGUCAUACAUAAGACACGCUGGAUUAUAAGGCGCAAUGUCAAUUUUUGAGAAAAUUUAAGGAUUUUAAGUGCGCCUUAUAGUCUGAAAAUUACGGUAAUCAAGUUUUAUGGUGUGCAGAAAAUAUUUUGUUUUCCUCCUCUCUCGCUACCAAACACGCUGGAUGAGAGAAGAGGUCUCACUCUGCGCAUUGUUCUCGGCACCUGGGGGCGUUGGCUCUAUAGCGGAAUGAACGGAGUUAGUGAACCCUCCUGUCAGUCAUUCAGUAUCUUUGUCACGGGGGGCGCGCGCACAGGCACACAGACACAGACUUUUUGGAUACAGUGCUGCAAGUGAGCGUCGUGAGUGAAAAGCAAGCUAACAGAAUGAACACGACAGCUUUGGUGUCUAAACCGAACGCAACAGCCCAAGUGUGGGAAUAUUUCGGCUUUAUACCAGUUUUGUUUUCGUCAACCACAAAACUCCACGUGUGUGUGCGCGCGCGUGCGUGUGUGUCUGUGUGUUGGAGGAGCACAGCAGGAUGAUGAGAGCUGUCAGAGCGGCCUGAAGCUGCUCCUGUAUGUUUAGCGUUUAACUGACUGAGUUUUGCAACUCUGUUCGUCAUUUUCGUGUCGUCCCAUCAACGUAAACGCACUUUCGUCUCGUCACAUUUUAGUCAUCUCCGACUUAUGUUUAGCUCGUCAACGUUACGUCUUCGUCGUGGGUAAAAUUAAAGUUUAUCACUUUUGACAUGGUGUACUCGCAUUAUUAUGCCAUUUAAUAUCAUUAUCUAUAAUUUAAAAAACGGUGUCAAUAAUAUCGUUUAUCGGCAAUAAUUUGAAGCACAAUUAUCGUCCAGCAAAAUUUGUUAUCGUGACAGGCCUACCAAUGUCAAUUUUUGAGAAAAUUUAAGGAUUUUAAGUGCGCCUUAUAGUCUGAAAAAUACGCUAAUCAAGUUUUAUGGUGUGCAGAAAAUAUUAUUUUUUAUUUCAAAUAACAAUAAAAGAGAUGAAAGUUGUUGAAUUAUUUACCAUUAGGGGUGUCCUGAUACAAUUUUUUAACUUUUGAUAUGAUACCAACAUUGUAGCCUUCGAUAUUGGCCAAUACCGAUAUUGAUCCGAUAUUAGCACGAUGUUGUGAAUGACAAGUUUUGCACUCAGCUGCAACGUCUUUUCGGACUUAAACAAAAAAUAUUGCCACAAGGCCGACAUCACUCCUACUCCUCUCUACUUUGUUAUUACCACUGUUGUUGUGAUUAAGUGAGCUCUGCAUGCUUGACCCGGGCGCUGCUAGAUAGAGGUGCUGGAGUGGAGUCUGGAAUGGACUGCUUAUAUCGGAGUGAUGAUAUCGGAAACAUUAGGUGCAGGCUGAUAUAAUCCGAUAUAUAUAUAUUUUUCUGAUAUUCGACCAAUAUCUGAUAUCAGUGUUGUAUAGGGACACCCCUAUUUCCGUCUUUUGCUUCUUCUUCUCUCUUAUUUGUUGAUUAUUAUGUUGCUGUGAUGAAUGUCUGUUCCUGCAGAGGACGAAUACCCAAAGUUAAGUUAAUGAAAAACAGAGUGACCUAAUGAAAGCAGCACUCUGUGAGUCACAUCUGAUCACCAUUAACAUCAAACAUCUUGCUGAAUAGAGCAAAAGUCUUUUUCCUGUUGGCUGUGCUUCUCUCCAAAGAUUUUACAAAACAGAUACAUAUGAUGUGAUGAAGUGAGAGUCACGACUUAGUUUAACUUUCUCCAGCACGGAUAAAUGCUGCAUAUGUGGAGUCAGCAGCACAAACACAUAUGAAGAAGAUAUUGCUUUAGUAGAGCGACACGAAGCAACAUUAAUUUCUGAGUUUAUAAGGAGGAGGACCUGAGGGGAAAAAAAGUCAAACAACAGUUAAUUAGCUGAACAGUUACCUCAUGUGAACCCUCUGUCAAAAAGUCUCGGUCUGUUACCGAGACAGCGGGCAGUUUCAGUCUUUUUUUUUUUUUUCCUGAGGUCACUUCAUUGACAGGAAAAAGUGCAGAGCAUAAUAAUUCCAGCACUGAAGCUCCGACUGUUCGGGGGCCGAUUCAGAUCAGAUCAGAAAAUGAAAUCCUUUUUUACAGUUUGAGGCUUAUUAGGAGAUACAGGGACUCCGGGGCCGUUCCAAUUCACAUCAGAUAAAUUGGAUUGGCCUCAGCAGUCCUGGAGGAUGUCCGGUCUGAUAAGACUUAAAUGUGAUUUAUUUUUGGUAUGCAAAACAAAUAGCUUCAUUUAUUUCCAUGUUUGACCCGUUUUAGUUUUUACAUACAAGCCCAGACCACAACACGGCAAGUUGUUAGCCUCUUCCAACUCCUCCCAGUCGUUGUUUUCCCCUUCUCCAGUAAGAUGAAUACCUGCUCCCCAUCACUAGCUAUUUUAGAACUGAAGAAGCUUAUUGGAUAAGAAGUAAAACGUCUUCUCAACUCUACACUGUCCAGUUGCCUGAUUUUGGAGUCUUCGAGAUAACCAUGACCUGGAUGAAGGAGAAUCUACAUGGACAUAUAGACUCUAUGAACUUACCAGCAACUGUUGAAAUACACUCGAUACAGUAGUUAAGAUAAAAAACAAGUUUGUGAACCCCAAAUAAUUAGCUGGAAGACACUAAAAUGAAACUUUACUCCACCGAGUGCAGCGGAGUUUCGCAGCUCAAGGAAGAACUUUUAUGAUUAUUACUUAAUGGAAAUGCAAUCAGACCGAGACGCGAGGACAGAAAAACUACCGCGUCUGCAGUGCAAAAUGAUUAUUAUGAUGAUUAUUACUUCAAGGAAAUAAUCCGCUGCACUCUGUGAUCGACUCGUUAGGGGUUCCCCCACAAAUAAGCGGCUGCUGGAAGAGAGUAGGUGAGUUGUGUUUAGUCUCUUUGCUAAAGAAAUUAGGCAAAAUUAAAAAGAUGUUUGGUGGCUAGUGCUAAGGCUGUGACCCUAUAUGUACUGUUGAAGAAGUUAGGUGAUGUUCUGAGCAUUAUUUGUGGCUAGAGAGUGGCGUUUUGGUUGAGGUUUGCACGUGGAGACGUAGACCGCUGUUUUUUGCUAUUGUGCGGUCGUUACUAAAGUUGGUAUAACUAGAGAAGCGAGCAGUCAGCAAUAUUAAUCUCUCGAGGUAGUGUCUAACUCAGUGUUACAGUGUGUUUGACCAUAACAUACGUCGGAAUAUCCCUUUAAGUAAUUACAUUUGGAAUCUGGAAUAAUCUGCCUUUAAACAGACACUCAUUGACCUCUUUUCAUAGGUUUAAAUAUGCCCUGUCUUCUAAUUUUGAGUUAAAUUUCACAUGUUUCAGAUGAUGUGAUAACAAUAUUAUGUAAUUUCGAUUUGAUUUUUACGCUUUUAUUAUACAAUUCUCUUAGUUUUACUGUGGCCAUUUGUGGCCAUCAAGAGGUUGUGUUCAUUUUUGUAUUAUAUAUUUUUUCUUUUUUUUAUUUGUGUGUUGUUGUCUGUUGUCUUUGUUGUGUGUGUUGAAUGUGUUUUGUCCCCUUUUUUUUUGUUUUUUUGGUUUGUAAUGUAUUUUAGGACCCCCUCAAUAAGAGAGGAUUCCUCUCAAGGGGUUUGUCCUACUAAAUCAAUUUCUGAUGAAUUUUAUCUGUGGAAAUCAUGAAUAUCAUGAAGUAUUUGGCGUUUAAGUUUCUAAAAAGGAACAGAUGGAGUGGAAAAAAAAUUAAUUAAGAGGGCUACACUGAAUACUCGAGUGAAAUCCUGCAACUCAAAAACGCUGCUCAUGUCCCCCUCCAGGAGUGACCCUGUUUGUGGCUCUGUAUGACUACGAGGCCAGGACUGAGGAUGACCUCAGCUUCAGAAAGGGGGAGAGGUUCCAGAUCCUCAACAGCACGUAAGUGUGAAAACAUCUGCAUGACAGAAUUAAGGGUGGCGGCCUUGUUUUCUCUCUCUGUUUUACAUCAGUGAUGAAUGUUUGGAUGCUGUCUUUGAAACGAGAUGUUGUUUUACAGAUGUAGACAAAGGACAAACACCCAUCUCUCCCACGGGGGGGAACAGUUCAAACGUAUAAGAAAAAAUGAGCAAAAAGUUCGAAACAUUCAGUAUUUCUCCUCUUAAGUUUAGUGUCCAAACAAACUCUCACUGUGGAGUAAAUACGGAUUUAGCUGCAGCACACAAAACAGCAUGCAAAUACCUAAAAAAGUCUCAGUGGUCAGCUGGUAAUGUGGUUUUUACUCACCUCUAACAACAAUCUGUCUGCCCAUUUGUGGCAGCAGUAUAAUUACUUUGUGUCUCGGUGUAAUACAAGAACUCUGGCUGCCUGCCUGCUGCUGUCAAUCAAACACAGAUACCACCAGACUAAAACACCACCCUCCCAGCCAGCUGAGAGUAAAAUAACAUUUCUGAUGACUCCCUCGAGAAGACCUUUUUGUCCUCUUAUUUAUUAACAGAAAAUCAUCAACAAUAAAAAACAUAAAAAGUGAAUUAUUUUCAAGUGAAGGAUGGUAGCAAACUGGGAUUUCAGUUGGACGGUAAUGAGAUGAGUCACCAAAGCUUCAUGAUUCACAGCCCACACACGAGAAAGCACCGGUUUGUUUUUGUGUGCGAUCUCGAGAAAAGACAGCCAGUGAGUCUGAUCGUCCACAUCUGAAUGUUUUAUUUGUGCCUGAUAUGAUGUGUAAGCGCCGAUCCAUCAUCCCCGCUUUCUCUGUCCUGCUCUCCACAGUGAGGGCGACUGGUGGGAGGCUCGUUCACUCACUACAGGUGGAACUGGUUACAUUCCCAGCAAUUAUGUUGCUCCGGUGGACUCCAUCCAAGCUGAGGAGUGAGUAAAACUUCACUGACACACUCACACAGAGUUUUCUUUUCCCUGAGGCACGGCAGCUUCAUCAGCAGAGGGUGUAUCAUAAAUAUUUCAGAGCUCAUCUCACUGCUUUUUGUUAAAUGUGGCAUUAUGACUUAAAGAAGGAAUGAAAGACAGAAUAUAUAAAAAAAUAAAAACUUCACACACAGUCCUCCUCCUCCUGAAGUAGUCGGAUUUUUCCUUUUUUUUCCUGCAGCUGGUAUUUUGGUAAAUUAGGCCGAAAGGACGCAGAGAGGCAACUUCUUUCCAACGGCAACGCCAGAGGCACUUUCCUCAUCCGUGAGAGCGAAACAACCAAAGGUACUCUGCCUGUGCGGCAUCUCACAUGAUGAGAUGCUGAAUGCUCUUAAAGUUAGGGACACAAGCAGGAGUGUUCUUUUUUUUUUAAUAAAUAAAAAUGUAGUCGGACUUUAUCUGAAUGUUUCAUGGUGGUUGCAGUUGCACAUUAUUUAUAGAAAAGCUGAAAAUAAAAUCUUCGGACAAGGACCACCGGCGUUUGUUAUUUAACAUGCAGCAACAUGCUUAACAUUCAUUGCCCUGUAGCCUUUGCAUAAUGUGCAAUCAUGCAGUUUCAAAUGCGCUCUUAUAAAAACAAACUCAGUUAACCAGAGAUUUUGAACUUAUCCACUUGAAUUCGUCCGUUUGGUUCUUUUAUACGGGGUUGUCUCUGUUCCAGGAGCCUACUCCCUCUCCAUCCAGGACUGGGAUGAUAUCAAGGGAGACCACGUCAAACACUAUAAGAUCCGCAAGCUGGACAGCGGAGGUUACUACAUCACCACUAGGGCCCAGUUUGAGACGCUCCAGCAGCUGGUGCAGCAUUACUCUGGUGAGACUCAGCAGCAUAAAAGUGGAGUUGAACAAGAAACUCCUGUCAUGCUCAGUCUUCAUCCACCAUUCCCCUUUUUAAAACUACAGUCUUGGAGUUUUUUCACUACUGCUUCUUAUUCCAGCCAGGGCUGCAGGGCUGUGCUGCCGCCUGAUUGUGCCGUGCCACAAAGGCAUGCCCCGCCUGACCGACCUAUCCGUCAAAACCAAAGACGUGUGGGAGAUCCCUCGGGAGUCGCUGCAGCUCAUCAAACGUCUCGGCAAUGGCCAGUUCGGGGAGGUCUGGAUGGGUGCGUGGCUGUUUUGCUGUUUCGUUCCCACACUUACAAAGAGUUGGACAUUUGCGAGCGGUGUUGCAAAACAUUCUGUAUGCGUUGGAUCAUUUUAAAAUAACAUGAAGCCAAAGUUACUCACAGGGCGGAGUGUUUGCUCUCGGUGAUUUCAUUCAGGAAUUUAGCUUUUUGCAUGAUACAAAAAGCCGGAAUAAGAGAUUUCCAGCUUAAAGACAUUUUUCUGUCUUGUCACUCUAACCCAGAGUGGGAAACAUGCUGUUUUAGUUCUGCUGACUCGAGUUCAGCCUAAUUUUUUCCAGCGAAAUGCAACGUGUGUGUCUAGUUGGGUAAGAAACGGACAUGUUGCUGGUACCACAAAUAUGUUUUUCGCCAAAACUGGUCCAGAAGGAUUUUACUCAAAUGUGAGAGAUGAAUUCAGACUCUUAACCACUCCAGUCAUCUACUUGUUUAAGGGAUUAUAACAGUCUUUGAUCUCUUUUCAAACUGUAUAAAACACACUUUAUUUGACUUUAAUGUCCUUCGUUUUCCUCUGAUCUGGCGUCACAUCUUCCCCCGCUCGAACAAACUCUCUUGUCCUCUCUUCAGGCACGUGGAACGGCACCACCAAGGUGGCGGUAAAGACUCUUAAGCCGGGCACCAUGUCGCCCGAGUCGUUCCUGGAGGAGGCGCAGAUCAUGAAGAAGCUCCGACAUGACAAGCUGGUGCAGCUGUACGCCGUGGUGUCUGAAGAGCCCAUUUAUAUCGUCACGGAGUACAUGAGCAAAGGUAGAGGCCACUCCAUGAAUAUUACAUACAUGCACACACCUACACAGUGUUAACAUGAUUUAUGCAUUUUCAUGGACAGUGCAAGGGCGUCCCACUUUAUAGCAUGUCCGGAUUUAAAUUCCCCGGCAGACAUGAUUUAUCUUCAUUAAAAAUAAAAAUCAGAGUCAAAUGUGAUCCCAGGAAUCCCAGGAUUGAUGCCUCAGUUUGGAUCUAAACCGGAGUUCUUCAACGUUACACAUCUGGAUUUAUUUUGUUAUGUGUUUCUUUUCAGGGAGUUUGCUCGACUUCCUGAAGGACGGAGAAGGACGAGGCCUCAAACUGCCGAAUUUAGUGGACAUGGCAGCUCAGGUACGCCGCUGACAUUAAUCUGAAUCUAGCCGGUGCUUUGCUCUUGAGAUUAUUUAAAUCCUAUCACACUGGUUCCCAUAAUUUAGGCUUCUUUUCGCACCGUUCUCUAGUGUCCGCCUUAUUUUCAUUAGGCUAAAAAGUUCUAUCCUGGAUGUUUGAACUUGAUCUAAUUAUAGAGGCUGAUUUUGACGACACAGUAUCUGAAGUUGGUGACUCACAUCGAGGAUCUUGGUGUUUGUAUCCUGCUCUGGAGGUCUUUAAUUAAUUGUACUUGUUAAUUUUGUUAAUGCGAGGGUUGGCGCUCCUUACUAUAGGUCCACUUUUUCACGAUCUCUACAUCUGCUUUAAGAAUCUUUCCUCCCAGACCUUACCUUGAGUCUUCUCUGUACUGUGAUGCUCAUUGGAAGAAAAUAACUCCAUUUCCCAGGUGGCAGCAGGCAUGGCGUACAUCGAGCGGAUGAACUACAUCCACAGAGACCUGCGCUCUGCGAACAUCCUCGUCGGUGAAAGCCUGGUGUGUAAGAUUGCUGACUUUGGUCUGGCCAGACUCAUCGAAGACAACGAAUACACGGCGAGACAAGGUAGGCCUGCUGGAUUUGACCGAAUUAGCAAGUUUGAGUGUGAGGGUUGAGAAAUGUGUGCAUUUCUUUAACUAAGACACUCCAGGGUCAAAUCUAAAUAUGUAAACAAGACAACAAGCACUAACAUCGGUUCAAAUAACAGCUCAGGGUGGCUAGACAACAUAAUGAGCAUUAUGCACUUAUUUUUAGAUGCAGUGUGACUUACAAUCCCCUGGAGAUAUUAUUGUCUCUGUGCUGCAUUAACAGAAAAAAAAAAAAACAGAAAAAGCUUUAGAGUCGUACAAACCCAUUUUUUAAAAGUAUAAAACGUCAUAAAAACAGAUUCUGAUGGUUUGGAAACAACUUGAACUCUGUGUUUAAUUGAAUCUGUACAAAGACGUAUCAAGUUACACUCCUGUAUGAAAAAAUGUGCUCGUUUUAAAUUUGAUGCCAGCAACAUGUUUUAAAAAUGGAGGGAACCGGGACAAGAAGACACUGAAAAGUGAUUAUUUAAUGUUUGAAAAACCCUCUGAGGAACGUCUCACAACUAAUCUGGUUAAUAUGAAGCAGGUAAGUAAGAUGACUGAGGAAAAGGCUGAAAAUCCAAUUCAAUGAGGUUGUGAUUUUUGGGCCCAUACAUUGAAAACAGAUACUACUCUCCCACUGAGCAUCGUCUCAGACGUCUAAAUGUAGUCUAGACGACUGGUCUAAAAUCAGGCUACCACAGGUCUAAAAAUGAAAGUAUUCUAGACGUCUAAAUUUAGACAAAGUUUAGACUAAAUCUAAAUCUGGGCUGUAUCUACACUAUACUGUAUAUUGCUCCAUUGCUAUCAUAAUCAUUUUGGUUAAGUACUUAGAGAUCAGUUACGCAAUUCACAGUUGCGUUUUGAAUAAAUAGUUAUAGAGUAUCGUGAUGACGAAAGAGCAUGUGCUUAUCCUCACCGAUGGUCAUGAAUUUUGGGUAUUGACGGAAGGAACAAGAUCACGGAUACAAGCGGCCGAAAUGGGUUUCCUUCGCAGGUUGGCCGGGCUCAGCCGUAGAGAUAGGGUAAGGAGCUCGGACACUCAGGAGGCGCUCAGAGUAGAUGUCUCCUCCACAACGAGAGGAGUCAGCUGAGGUGGUUCGGGCAUCUGGUUAGGAUGCCUGUUAGAGGUGUUCUGGGCAUGUCCCACCGGGACCUCGUGGCUGGUUUAGGACCAGGUGGAGGGAUUAUAUCUCUCGACUGGCCUGGGAGCGCUUAGGAAUCCCCCUGGUGGAGGUGGCCGGGUGAGGGCCGUCUGGGCUUCCCAUCUGAAGCUGCUGCCCCCAGAACCCAGACCCGGAUAAACGGAAGAAAACAACGACGAAUAAUGGGUUAAAGUGCGACGUAUAGAUUUGGUCUAAAAAUAUACAGAAUCUAGACGAUUGAAAUUAGGUCUAAAAUAAAAACUAGCCUUCUAAUAGCCGUCUAUUGCUCAGUGGGCUGUAGUGGAAGUCACUGCAUGGACUCAAAUCCCUUCCCAAACCCAUCGACUUGUCUCUGACUUUGUUUUUUUCUUGCACACUCCAGUUGCUGAACCGAAGACAGUAAAAACAUAAGAGUGACCCUUUUUAAGGUUUACUUAGUGGCAUUUGAAUUUCCGCUUGGUAUGCACAUUUAAAAGAUGGAAAUUCACCAACAGCUGCAGCAGCUGGCAGCCAGGCUGCUCAGUCUUUUUCUACCAGAACGGACGUGUGUUUCUUUAAAGUGUGUUAUUGAACCCGAGGUAAGGUUGGAGAACUCUUGAACGUGUCUGCCGUCUAACUUAAACGUUGUUGUUGCACGCUCUACAUCUCCGACCGCAGCAUGGUCUGAAAACCUCACCGUCAGAGGAAAAAGUUGGUGAACUGGCAGAUGUCUCUUUCCAUUUAGUCGAUUCCAAGAAAUAUUUUAUUAAAAAAAAAAAACAUUCUGCUAUUUAAUUCAAGUGCAGUGACUUUGUUUUGGUGACAGCGGUGGAAAACAGGAGCACAUGUGGUUACAGCGUGGCACAAAGACAACAGAAUAUCACCGGGAGGCAUGCACUUUACAGAGCACAUGUUGUACACAAAAAUCAGACUCUGGUUGAAAGCUUUCCUCCCUGACUUCGUUGGCAGAUGUGAACUACAUCAAGAGGACUUCCAGACCCUGUUAGUCAUUGUGUCAACAUGAUCACUACCUCACUCGCAAAUGAUUUAAAUGUUUACUCGUUCAGCUCGGGCCAAGAGCAAACGGAGACGAAGAGAGAUAAUUGAACUAUUCCGCUUUCUCCCUGGUGGGAUGUUAUCAAGACCUCAUGUUUCUGCGCUAAUGAAAUCACUGAUGGAGGGGAGGAAAACCGGGGAGAUUGACCUACUUAGUGCUUCUUGCAAAAGCGAAACAACCAAAAUGUUUGAGACGCUCUUGAUUUUGUUUAGGUGCAAAGUUUCCCAUCAAGUGGACCGCUCCCGAGGCCGCCCUCUACGGGAAAUUCACCAUCAAGUCUGACGUGUGGUCGUUCGGCAUCCUGCUGACAGAGCUGGUGACGAAGGGCAGAGUGCCGUAUCCAGGUGAGAGAGAGAGUGACGCUCUGCAUAUAUUAUGUAAUCCCAAUCAAUUCUGGAUGAUUGCUCGUGCUCCGUUAAGACCGGUCAUGUGUUUGAGUCUGCAGAGACCCCUGUCAUGGUCCUGCUUGCUAUAAAAAGAGCGGCAUGUUGCAUAAUGUACAUUACACUGUGCAUUAUGCAGAGCAAUGUUCCCAGCUGAUGGUGUGAACAUGUGAAACGCCAGCCUUCAUCUUCGUCAACCACACAUUUAGACAUUAUAAAACUGAAAACAUGGCUGCUGACAUCCAUUAGUCCUCUUAGAGCUGCAUGAGUAGAUUUUCCAUAUUCUCUUAAGAUGAGUUAUUCACUUUUCUAUUCAUGCAGACAAGUGUUUUAAUUACUGCGGCUGAUUAAACCUCCAGUUAGGUGGAAGUUUACUGCAGCUAUGAGCAGAAUUAUGAUUUCACCAAAGCUUGUGCACCAAAAAAAAGGGUACAGAUAUGCUUUUAACUAAAUUUGAUAUCGUUAACUUUGUGUUUUAGUGUUUUAGCUUUUAUCUCUUCUAAUUUUAAUGACAGGAUCGUCUUUUAUUGAGCUAUUUUGGUGCUCUUAUUUCAAUAUCUUUUACUGUUGUUUUUAUUUCUUUUUUUUUUCUUAAGUUUCAUUUUAUGUUACUUUGUUUUUAAAUUUUAACCUAAACCUCCAGUGUCUCCUUAUCUUGAAUUUUAAAUUGGCGUUUCCUCAGUUCGCACUUUCCUGUUUCUAUGAAAUCGAGCCCUUUUCAAGUUCAUGCAGUUUAAUACACGUUUCUGUUGUUCUUAGAUCACGGGGUGGGAAUGAGGGGUUGGGUCGGGGUAGAUCAGGGUAUUCUUUGUUUCUUUUUCCUUUUUUCCUCUGCUAUGUUAAGAACUUUGUGCUACAUCGUUUUUGUAUGAAAAGUGCUACAGAUCAAGACCGGUUUGAUUGAUUGAUUGAGAAAUACAUACAUGAAAUAAAGAAAGAAAGAAAUACAUAAAUACAUAAAUAGAUAAAAAAUAGGAGAUGCUGCUGGUGUUUUUGCCAAGGCUUUGAAUAAAAGAUUAAAAUAUAAUAGAUUAAGAAACUUCUGUUAAAGCAAAUCAACAAAAAUGUGUUUUAAAAAGAGAUUUGAAAGAUUUAGAGAUUGAUGUUUUCUACAGCUGUUUUAAUAUUAAUUCAACUGUAGGCUACAAGAUGUUUUCCGUCUGUAGGGGAGAGUGGGGUAAGUUGAGCCACCCCCUGUUGCUUGAAAAUGGUAAAAGAAAUCGAUCAUGUGACCAAAUAUUUAGGAGAUGGGCAUCAAUUCAUGGAGUCUGUGAAGGUUAGAAGCACAUGGGUGAAGAGGUUAGACAUAUAUUUAAAAAAUAAAACAUUUUUCACUCUUGAAAGUGAAUUUAAUCUGUUAUAAGUUUGAUUAGAAUUGUGUUCAGACCAAAAAAGAUCAUUUUAAAUUUGUUUUAUACAUCAGUUGUGGUAUCUAUGAUCGACAACAUGAGGUCAAAAACCUAGCAUUAAAGUCCACCAUUUCAGCUUAGAGGACUAAUAAAGUCAAAAUAAUAGUUCAGGGGUAACUGAGAAAGUGAAGGAGUCUGAUGAGAGGAUCAGAGUUUCAGUUCAGAUUGUUGAAAUGUUUGACUAUUUCUUUUUAUAAAUACAGCUGUGAAUGUUAUUUAGGGAGGGAGAAGGUGAGGGAGGGCUGGGAUGGAGAGUGGGGGGGGGUUGUAGGGAUACGGCUCAACUUACCCCACUCCUAUGGUCAACUUACUCCAUACACGGGGUAAGUUGACCAUAGGAGACCACUUUAUUUUGGCAUGCUAUAAUAUCAAGACAGUUAUGUUUACACUCAUUCUGUUGGUUUGCAGGGAUGCACAACAUCUUGAAAUAUAUGCAGAUACACUAGAGACAAAACUAUGAUUGACUUGAUGGCUCAUCUUACCCCACUCUCCCCUACUUCUGAAAUUAAGUAUCAUACUUACACGGGGUGUCAAAGGAGAAGACGAGCGAACAGUGAUCUUACUCUAAAAUAGUCCCUGCCAACAUCAGUCUUCUUAGCUGCACCUUUUACAUUCAGCUCAAACUUUCGGUUCGUCGGUGAUAUUUUAACUCUGUUUGACUCAAUGUGUCUCUGACUUUUUUUUGCUUGUAAACUGAGAUAUCAGAGGGAGUUUUUAAAAGUGGAAUAGGCCUUUCAAAAGCGCAGUGGUGUGGUAACUGUGUCUCAAAAGAGAGCAGCAGGCAGCAGCUGCAGUGGCCGUACUCCAGUGUGCCAAAAGGGACAAAUUAGCAUGCAGUUAAGAAAAAAACAUUUUCAUUUGAGAACUCAUUUGAAUUUCAAUGAAAGCAUAAACACUCACAGACCUACAAUUUCUCAUUUUAAAGUUCUUUCAACAAUUAAAUGUAUGACUCCCUCUUGCAAUCCUAAAAGCUGUGAUUCUUUGUCCUGCAUCCCUUGGAAUUGGGUUCGAUUGAUGUUUGUUACAUGCAGUGUUACUUUUUUUUUAACAAUAUUGUCUUGAACUUCAUAAAACUUUUUGAAAAAUCCUAAAUCUCCAGAAUUCUCUUCAUUUCUUCAUCCUUCUCUCUCCAGGCAUGAACAACCGGGAGGUGCUGGAGCAGGUGGAGCGAGGCUACCGGAUGCCGUGCCCUCAGGACUGCCCCUCGUCCCUGCACGAGCUGAUGGUGCAGUGCUGGAAGAAAGACCCCGAGGAGAGGCCCACCUUCGAGUACCUGCAGGCCUUUUUGGAGGACUACUUCACUGCCACAGAGCCUCAGUACCAGCCGGGGGACAACCUCUGA